AUGUUUCAAACAUCAGCCUAAUCAAACGUGUGUGCAAUAUUUAUAAAUACUCUUCGCAAUCAUGGAAAACGACGAAGAGAAAAAGGAUAAACCUAAUCCGUUUAAAAAUGAUCAAUGGAAAAGAGCAGCAAUAUACACAAGAGCUGUAAAUGCAUUUCGAGAUACAAUAUCGAUCAAUAGUGAAGCUGCAUCGGAAUUCGAUACACGAAAACAGAUUAAAUAUGGUACAAAGUAUCAAGCUGCAUGGGGAAUUAUUACGGAAUAUUGUGAUAAUAGUACAAUUCAUGGCAUCAGAUAUAUGGGCGAAAUGAAACGCCCAAUACUUGAAAGACUCUUUUGGACCGUUGUAUUCUGUUCAUCAAUUUUCAUCUGUUUCACUUUAACAAUGAAUGUCUGGGACAAAUGGAACAACAAUCCGGUUAUUGUAAGUUUUGCUGAAAAAUCAACACCAGUCUGGCAGAUACCAUUUCCAUCGGUAACCGUAUGCCCUGAGACAAAAUCAAAUCAUCAAGUCUUCAAUUUUACUGAUAUGUUUUGGAAAUUAGCUGAAGAAAAAAAGGACAACAUAUCAGAUAAAGAAAAUUAUUACAUGGAAGCAAUAUCACAAGUUUGUCUCUACCAUUUACUAGGAGGUUUUGAUUAUGGUAAAAAACUUGCUAAUGGAUCGGAUUUAAUUGGCGCCCUAGAAGAAACCAGUUUGGCUUUUAAUGAAACAUAUUUCUUUUGCAAAUGGCGCAAUUUCGAUAGUUAUUGUGAUAAAUUUCGAAAAAUGAUUACCGAAGAAGGAUUGUGUUAUAGUUUUAAUGCAUUUGAUCCGAAGGAUGUUUAUCGGGAAGAAGCUCUUGUUGAUGAUAUUAUCUUCGGCGGAGACUUUAAUGAAACUGUCGAAUGGAGUCUUGAAGAUGGUUAUGGUGAAGAAGCUGGACCAGAUACAUAUCCUUAUCGGGUAUUGGGGGCUGGUGCAAGAGGUGGCCUCUUUUUGGCACUCAAAGGUAUGGAAGCUGAUACUGAUCAAUUGUGCCGAGGUCCUGUGCAGGGUUUUAAAAUUUUGUUGCAUACUCCGGGGGAGAUUCCACAAGUGUCACAGCAAUACUUUAGAAUUCCAUUUGAUCAGGAGGUUCUAAUAUCAAUUAAACCGAAGAUCAUCACUACAUCGGAUGGAUUGAAGCAUUAUGAGCCUAUGAGGCGUCAAUGUUACUUCCAAGAAGAGAGAUAUUUGAGGUUUUUCAAGCUCUAUACCCAAAGUAACUGUGAAUUGGAAUGUUUAUCGAAUUUUACUUUGAAAGAAUGUGGUUGUGUGAAGUUUUCUAUGCCCAGAACAGCAGAUAUGCCUGUAUGUGGAGCUGCUAAUAUUCUAUGUGUCAACUCAGCUGAAGACUCACUUCUUCUUAAAGAAUUCAAACAGGGUCUAAAGACAUCUGCCACUAAUUUCCGUGGUGCUACGGAUUGUAAUUGUUUGCCAGCUUGUACUUCCAUUGCAUAUGAGGCUGAAAUUUCCCAAGCUGAUUAUGAUUAUGCUUCGCAGUUUAGAGCUUUUAAAGAAUAUAAUUAUAUGGAGGAUAAUCCUGGAACUCGAAUGUCAAGAUUGUCAAUAUUUUUCAAAGAAGCUCAAUUCUUAACCUCCAAACGAUCGGAAUUGUAUGGUACUACGGAUUUUCUUGCCAAUUGUGGUGGUUUAUUGGGUUUGUUUAUGGGUGUUUCGACAUUGAGUAUUGUUGAAUUGGUCUAUUUUUGUACAGUACGAUUGUGUAUUAAUUUGAGAAUGCGAAGAAAGAAACGUUUAGAGAUGAGACGUUUGGAAAAAGCUAAUGAGGAAGGUUUUGAUGCAGAAAUGGAUUUGCCUGAAAAAGAGGCUUAAAGUGUUGUUUUUUUUUUGGUUUUGAAAUAAAAUUUUUGCCAAAUUUGUUAGUCAGUUUUUUUGUUAAA